CAUUCGCCAGUCGAACACAGGUAGUAGUAAAAGAGUGAACGCUGUGGCGGUGGAAGGGAAGGUAGCUAGCCUGCUGGCUAACAACAUUGGAAACGGAGUAACAACAAAGUAUUGUGUGGAAGGAAAAACACAAAACUCUCGUCAGAACCCAACUGAGUCCAGGUCAUUUCACAGCGGGGUCGACAUGUCAGAGACAUACGAUUUCCUGUUCAAGUUCCUUGUGAUUGGCAGCGCAGGGACUGGAAAAUCCUGCCUCCUUCACCAGUUCAUCGAGAACAAGUUCAAACAAGACUCCAAUCACACUAUUGGCGUGGAAUUUGGCUCUAGAGUCGUCAACGUUGGUGGCAAAACAGUCAAACUGCAGAUCUGGGACACAGCAGGGCAGGAACGCUUCAGGUCGGUGACUCGCAGCUAUUACCGUGGGGCAGCUGGGGCACUUCUUGUCUAUGACAUCACAAGUCGAGAGACCUACAACGCUCUGACUAACUGGCUGACUGACGCACGGACAUUGGCCAGCCCCAACAUCGUCAUCAUCCUCUGUGGGAACAAGAAGGAUCUGGAUGCAGAUCGUGAGGUCACAUUCUUAGAAGCAUCUCGCUUUGCUCAAGAAAAUGAGUUAAUGUUUUUGGAGACGAGUGCUUUGACUGGGGAAAAUGUGGAGGAGGCCUUUCUUAAAUGUGCCCGCACAAUUCUUAACAAAAUAGAGUCUGGUGAGCUGGAUCCUGAACGAAUGGGCUCUGGUAUCCAGUAUGGCGAUGCAUCUCUGAGGCAGUUGAGGCAGCCGCGGGGAUCUGCUGCACAGACCAAGCAGCAGUGUAACUGCUAGGGGUUUGCCCCGUUCCCUCUCCUGUCCCUGACUCCCUACAUAUUACCUCCCCCGCUUCAGCUCCGGGUGUUUCUGGGUUUGCAGGUUAACUCCCCUUCUUCUGUCCCAAUGCAAUCCUCCACACCCAAACACAUCUGGAUCGUUUCUUAUGAAGUCCAUCUGCAAUCUUCGCCCACUGACCUUGGGGAGUGGGCUGCUGGUCUUGGAGUGGUGCCUCUGACUAAGUGUGUGGGGCUGGGAGAUAUGGCCAGUAGAGGUGACUGACAAGUGAGACUGCAGCCUUGGUGGCCUGGGGAAAGGGUGCUUUGCAAGGACCUUGCAGAUUUAACCUUAUCCUGUGAUUUUCAUGUGUAUAUACACAAUCACACUCACAUUGUUUGUGUAGAUUAAACAGCCAUCAACCCCAAUCUCUGUGCCCUGGGAAAAACAAAUCAGAGAGAAGCAAAGGUAAUAAUAUUCUUUAUUUAUAUGUCUUAAACAAAAUUAACAUCCAUUAGUCAGCUAUUGCAAAUCGCAAGAUUAUAAAGAGUAAUAAUUUAAGCUGUGGGUUUUUCCCCUGCUUAAUAAACAUGCUGAGAAAACUUGAAAGGGUGGCAGGAGAAAGUAACACUUUGCUUUUUCCAUGAAUACCCACGCACAUCCCCAGCUUUGAGGAAAUGAUGCUCAUAGAGUACAGUCAACACUCUGUGUUGUGCAUUUACUGUAAGUUCCCAUUUAUGCCUAAGUCAUUGUGUUGGCUAAGCACCUAAAGGGAAAUUUUUCCAGUUAGCAUUCUUGAAGCACAAAGGGGAGAUGGUAGAUCUUUUAACCUGGCCCUUGAGACACCCUCGGUCACCCUUAUCUGGUGCAUAUCAAAUGUUAACUGCAGCCCUGACAUAGUUUGGGCCACAAAGGCUAUCUUGAUGCACAAGUCAUUUUGCCCUGCUCUUUCUCCAUGGGACUGGUGUCUUUGUCAUACAUGUCUCUCUAAGCUGUAAAGAGGACCCAAAAUAUAGCACCCUAACUGACCUCACACACAAAUGCAUUCUUUUAUAGCAACAGGUUGGACAAGCUUUAUUGAAAGCUGACAGUUUAUUCAACCUAUUGUAACACACUUCAGAUCUCUGGUAUAAUAUUGAAUUUCCAGUUUAACAUGUUACCAAAUUGGACUGUAUAGCUCACCAGAACAAUGUAUUUGGAAAUGACGAUGAAUUUGCUGGAUGAUGAAUUUGAUUACAUGGCAAAAAAUAUACAUCCAAGCCUAGCAAUGUUAUAAAAUUUUAAUAAAAAAAUAUAAUUACCAAUAAAUAACAGUCUAAAUGUAGGACCUUUGAUAUAAUAAACUAUCAAACUUUUUUUUUUUUUUUAAGGUGGACCCCCCCCCCCUGUUCUGUAAAGUUUCUCCAGCCACAAAAUAGUAGCUACAAAAGAACACAUUUGUGGCUGGAACGUAGGUAGGUUGAUUAAUGAGGUUGAUUCCAGUAGUAAAGUGCUUAUGUGCAGUUCAUUGAGAAUGCAUGGAAAAACCUGAGUCAUGAUUUCUAGAGUACUGAAAGUGCAUAUUUGUAGUAUAUUGUGCAUCCCAAAAGAUUGCGCUGCGUGCGAUUUUGCACUGUGUGCCGAGCUGAGCACCAUCGCAAUGUGCAGUGACUGGCAACCAUCCUCAUAAGGCCACUUGACCGACAUGAAAAAUCAAACAAGACUAAUUCAAAGAGGGUAUUAUUCCUGAGUUUAAUGAUCUGCCAGACAGGCUUGUUGUGGGUGUGGCUACGUACAGGUGAAGACCAGCACAGUGCCCUGCCCUGUCCCACCUUACUGAAUCGCAUCCCCAUCCCCAUUACCAACAUGGUCAAGCCCAUUUUAGCCUCUGUGUUUUUAAAAAUACCAUCUCUGUGAUGUGUGGUGGUUCUUCUGUUUUUGUUUUUUUUCUCUGCAAGUGCACUUUUUUUGACUGUUUAUAUACUGUACCUAUAGAAUUGUACAAUUUAUAGUAAUUUAAAUAUAUGCUGUAAUGAGAAUUAUUCAAAGAGGGAUCAUUCCUUACUAAAGAACAACUGAGCUUGGUCCGACAUGAAGAUAUAACUAUAUGCGUUAUAUAUAGUGUAUAUGUAUGUAUUAUAUGCACUGGGCAAGGAGAUUUCAUGUAUUAUGAUAAACUAGGCAGUGUGCCUUUGGUAAAGAGCGUAGCCUCAGUUCAUUAACAAUGCAAACCCAAGUCUUAAUUAAUUGAAAGGGUUACAUUUAAUUGAGAAGGUGGUGCAUUCAUUGUUCUGCCUGAACUAUUCUGAAAUGCUGUUGUAUAGAGUGGUGCUUGUCUUUAUUGAAACCACUUAAUAAUAAUGACUGGACAGACUCCAACCACCAUUUCUUGAUUAGUAAAUAACAAAAUUGGCAUGAAUCUAACGCAUGCAUUGGCAAGUGAGUUUAAAAGUAGGUCUAAAUCACCACAAGGAUCUUAAAUAUGACUGCCUGACUUUGAGGUACAUGAAAGUACUGCUGAGUAAGUUGACUAAAAUGAGUUGUAUGUUACUGUAUUUCACUGGUUUUGGUAGUAGUGUCUGUGACUACAUCUCUCUGUCUCUAGUUAACAGAGUUGCCCAAAUACUGCAGAAACUCAGUUGUUGCUUAGUAACCAGUGUGAUUUUGUUCAUCCAUAAAUACUGUAUAUCUGAAUCAUCUAUGCUGUAAAUAAGAUUGAACUUGUCUAUUGGAUUGUUUUGGGGGGAGUGUGCUUGUUAAUUUUAAGGAUAAGUAAAGUUUGCUUGUUUUUUUAUGUUACAUGAUAAAUGAAGGUCUCUUUGGUGUCCAUUCCAUUUUAUAUAUACUUUCAUCUUCUGUAGAAAUGUGAAUACACACAUUUAUGUUUGUUUGGAAAAUGUUUAUUUCCUAAGAAAUGUCUUUUUACAUUAGUAAUGUUCAUUACUAAACCAGAUUGAAUAAUUUAGAACGUGGAUGCAGGAAAAGUCUGGCUUUGCCUGCUUAGUGUGAAAACUAUUUAAACUUCAACUGAGGUGAAGAUGUGAGCGUUUGGUCUGGUUAAAACUAUCUGCUGUACCUUCUUCCUAUGCUCAGAAACUGUAAAAGAACACUUCACCAUAACACUAGUGAAGGCAAACUCAUUGAGGAUAGGUUAGCAUGCUCUCAUUUGCUGGUUGCUUUCAAUCACUAAAAUUAGCAAUGCCAGCUUUUAGUUAAGAAAUUACUGAAUGGGUUUUGCAGGACUAAAGGCAAUUCUUUAAAUAAGAAAAUAGUGGCAGUUUCUAAAUUAAAGUUUUUAUUUCUACACCUUAAAUACCAUUUAGAUGACCUAUGACUGCUGAUGUAACAGCCCCCUUUCCACCAGUAGAUGGUGGUGCAGUACAGCUAACCUCUUCACCAUAGCUCUAAGUUAGACGGCACAUUCUAUACUCUGGGCAAACCAUUUAGUCUAGCAGCUUAACUGAAAUAAAUUAAACACUUCUCAGAGCCAAAAUGAAACCAAUCAACUUGACAUAAUUUUAUAUUUUAUUUCUUUGUCUCAUUUCUGUGGGUUUACAUUAAUAUAGUGAGUAGAAACAUUUCCUUCAGUCUGCCAUCUCACAAGGACAAGUGCAUAAGAGAGGAUAUUUCAGACAGGCAAAAGGAACAAUGAGGAAAAACAAC